UAGAAUAAUUGUGAGACACCAAGUCUAAGGGAAGAAAACCAGAAGAAAGCUAUAUUUUCAAUUUUGCUUUCUGGAUUUUUAGUUACUCAACUACACGAUGCUUUUAAUUUCAGAAAACUAUGCUUUCUACUUGGUUGACUAUCAACAACAAGCUGUAACAGUGUGAUUGGCAGUGUGAUGUUACUGCUAACAAUUGAACAUAUUUAAUGUACAGGACCGCUCAUGUGCUACAGCUUGGUCCUUUGAAAAUAUCAAUGGUAACAAUUGGCGAGAGAACAAGAAAAAGGGAAGAAGAGAGAACCGAUACAUCUAAAGAAUAUUUUAGUGAAACGAGGCUAGAAGACAUUGUUGUAUUAUUUCAGAUAUGCAGUAACAUUGCCUAUACUUAGGCAAACUGCUUCAAAUAUAACCACACAACAAGUGCUUUUAUGUUAAACAGUGUGUCCAAUCGUAACACUGGCGGGUCCAAGCAUGCCGAUUCAGAAGGUGAAGAAGGAAAUCCCACGCGAUAUUCUGCAUGGAAAUUCAAGUCCUCAAUAUAAUGGUCAACAAAAUGCAGGAGGUCCAGGUCUCAAUGCUUUACGUAGCCAGCUGAGUAGCCAAGGCCCCAAUACAAAUACUAAACCCCCCAUACCACCCUUAGAUGAGAAUGCUCUCGAUAUUACCAGUAUUAAGGGUAUAUUUGGUUGGACAACAGUGGAUGGAGUAAGCUUACCUUAUUUAUUUCGUGAAGCCAAAUAUGUCGCCGUACGUAUGGUAGAACUCAAGUUAUUAUUUAAAUAUCCGAAUGCUUAUCCAGAAGAAUUGAAGAAACGUCCACCAUUGAUGAGUCAUUAUGUAACUGAGGCAGAGGCUAAACUCCUUAAUGAAAUCAACAUUGAACACUGUGAAUCAGAGUUUGGACGACACCAAUUCACUGUAAAAGACUUAGUUGUUCGAUUAGAGGAGUUCAAAGACUUUUAUAAGAUCGUUAAGGAAGCUUUUCCUGAAACGGAUAACUCAAGAGAGAGCAAAGAUGAGGGUGAUGUGCAAGGAGGGUGGUUACAAAUCAAUAAUACAGUUAUACCUUAUAUAUUACGUAACCCUGUGGGGAAGUUGGUCCCACUCUCCGUGGUGCAAUAUGCUGCUGAGCUACUCAAUGGAGUUCAAAUAGAUGGCACCACUUUACCAACAGAAAAAGAGUGUACAUAUUUUAAUGACAGUUGCAAAAAAGCAGGACUUAACUUUUACUUUGGAAGAACUACAAAGCUUAUGAAACUGACUCAAGUGACUCAACUGUGUAAACUAGAUGUUUUAGAAGUAAAUGAGCUUCCUAAAGAUAAUCCAUUUGGUGCUGCCAGAUUCAAAAACAUCCCCUACCCCACCCGAAAUGGAUACAGCAACCAAAAGGGUCCUGGUAGCUAUAUGGGGGGUAAUCCCCGCCAAGGACGUCCUGGUCAGCCAAACAUGGGAGGUCACCGUGGACCGCCUCCCCCAUAUUACCCUCCAGGAAUGAUGUCAGGGAUGCAGAGACCAAUCUCAGGCACUACUGGAGGUCAAAGAGGUUCUUCUGGCACUACAAAUGUUAGGUAUCCCACACAACGAAACCCAAACACACAGUCGGCUCAAGGUGCAAACAAUCCACCACAGAGAGUAGCCAAUUCUGCCAAUGACCCCCGUGGUCCUCCCAACGUAAUGAUCAGUCAGAGCGGCUGGCCCCCUAGAGUACCCCAACAAGCCCAGGGGACUGUGUUUGUCCCCCCUCAAUACACACAGGGUAGUUUCCAUCAAAUGCAAAUCAUGAAUGGACAAAUGGUUCCCAUUGCUGGAUCAAGGCCUGGUGGCCAAUCUGGUACACUUACUGCCAAACCUGGUGCCUCUCAAAGUCAAACUCCGAAUCCUACCUCGAAGAAACUCACAGAAACAUUACCAUGUAAAAACAAUAGACCACGUGUUCCUUUAGAAGAGACACGUGCGGCACAGACACGCCCAAGCACAAUCCAGAAACAACCAAUGUCAUCAAUGAGUUACCACGUAUCAUCCAUGUUACAAAACUCAAUAGCACCAAUAGAGUUUCAUAAGAAAACAGUGUCCUGUUUAUCUACUAACAAUGACAAGUGGGCUUUAAUGGAGGCUAUCGGGAAGCUCUAUUUCCCUUAUUGUACAAUGGAUGAAUUCCAAGAAGCACUAGAGAUUGUACUACGGUGCCCAGUACGAAGUCUCACCCUUGAGGAAGAGCGUGCAUUUAUAGAGUUCUAUGGCUUGCGAACCAACUCUCUGAACUGUAAUAAAGUUGUCAAACUUGAUGACUUGGAAAAAUAUAUGACCCAGUUAAAAUAUAUGUUUCAGGAUAAAGAAGAGAAGUUCAAUAAUACAGCAGAUACAAAUGCUAACAAAAGGAAGUCCUCAGACAGUUUACAUAGAGAUCUGAGUGGGAAAAAACAUAAGGCCAAUAAUGAAGGCAAUCCAGGUGCUACAACUAUUGUCAUGAAUGGGGAUGAUGUGAUCCUAAUAGAGUGAUCAUAAUACAACAGAGAAUCAUGUACAAGGCAACUGGAUCUUUUGUUUUACAAAUGAAAUACUUUAAAUGUACAUGUGCUGUCAUAUUUGGUGCCCAGUUGAAACAGCAAAUAAAAUGUUACUUUAAAAUAAGUGAAAAACAGAAAAAUUUGUUUUAAUUGAUACUGUACUUCUGAUGAGUCAUUGAUACUAUAAUAUCUCAUGCAUGAAUUUGUGAUUUUGAAGUUUUACCGCAAUCAAGUAUUUGCUGAUUCACCCAGAUGAGAGUUUGAAAAUUAUAUUGCACCCAGUGUAUAUACUUCAAAAAUUUAUGAAACAUCUUAGGCUUAGAAAGUUUUGGUUUGUUCUUCAGUUCAUAAGUCUAAUUAAAAUUUUGUAAUGUAAGUAUUUAGUCAUUUGGCAUUUGGUCCAUUCUGAAAGCAUAUGAAAAGGUACAUGUACAGGGUGGUCCAAAAAAAGU